CACACACACACAAGGAGUGGAGAUUUCUACUUGAAAAAAAAGUCAACCAAGUGAAGAGAGAGAGAGGAAGGGAGAGAGAGAGAUGGGAAGAGCUCCUUGUUGUGACAAAGCAAGUGUGAAGAAAGGACCAUGGUCUCCUGAAGAAGAUGCAAAGCUCAAGGAGUUCAUAGAUAAACAUGGUACUGGUGGUAAUUGGAUUGCUCUUCCUCACAAAGCUGGUUUAAAGAGAUGUGGGAAAAGUUGCAGGUUGAGAUGGCUAAACUACCUUAGACCCAACAUUAAACAUGGUGAGUUUUCAGAAGAAGAAGAUAGGAUCAUUUGCACCUUGUAUGCUAGCAUUGGUAGCAGAUGGUCAAUAAUAGCAAGUCAUUUACAAGGCAGGACUGAUAAUGAUAUCAAGAAUUACUGGAACACAAAGCUUAGAAAGAAGCUUUUGGCUUUGCUCCCUUCCUUCCAAAAGAAACAAUCUUUUUUCCCAUCUAUGCCCCUUCAAUCACCACCACUUUCAGAUCAUCACAAAUCAGAAACCAUUUUGAAUACUUCAUCAUUUUACAACAACUACAACCCUAAUUUCAUGAAUGUUAGCAACAAUAUCAACUCUCUCCUCCUCUCCACUACCACUAACAACAUCCCCACAACCAGUAGCAACCAUGCUCAAAGCCACACUAACAUUACUGAUCUCUUAUAUAGCUAUAACCCUAAUAAUAUCAUGAAUGUUAGCAACAAGUACUACUGUCCUGAGGUGAAAGAAAGGAUGCUGAUGUUUGGUUAUGGUGGUAGUGGUGGUGGUGAACUGAGUACAACUUGUUCUUCUGAAGGUGGUGGUAGUUGCAUGAGUCAGAUGACCUACAACAAUGAUCAUCAUAGGAUCAAGCAAGAAGACCAAUUUGCCCUUCAGGGUUUUGGAGAUCAGAACCAUGGUUUCAUGACAGAUCAUACCUAUGUUGAUCAGAAACAAAAAGGGUGUUUGAUCAAGAAUCUUGAUGAAGUGAAGCAACUGAUAGGUAUCAACAGCAGCAGUAGUAACAGUAGUAGCAUCAAUGUGGACAUCAACAGCUAUUUGAUGAAUGAUCAUGAUGAAAACAAGACAACACAUAUUAUUACCGAUGGAUUUUAUAGGAUGAUUGAUGGGGGUAAUUAAAUGACUGUUACUGUUGUAAUUAAGAUAAGGUGUCAGGUUAGAGAUCUCUUUGGAUUCACAGUUUCUUGGGGUUUGUGUUGAUCUGCACUUGAAGGUGAAAAGCAAUGUGAAAUUACUUGGCAAAAGUUUAUGUAUUUCUUUAGGUUGAGCUCUUAUUGAAAAUACUUUUCUAUCUAGAAAAUAUAUGCUUUUUUGUACACCAUUUAUUUAUCCAUUAUCAUAUAAAGCAAAAUAAUUAACUAA